UGCGAUAACACCAACCCAAAUAUGAUACCAGACCACCAGCUGCUGCGGGCUGCGUUUCCAAACAAACUCAAAUCUGUACAUCGGAAUAUAUUGCACUGCCAAGCUCCCUGUCCUCACUUUGUUCCCGGUGUCUGUUUGUCUAGUGUGUAGCUUGAAGCCUUAACUAGCCUAUCUCUCCUUCCCUCCCAGACCAAAGAAAAAAGCGGCCAAGACACAGUCACCCCGUCCGACAUCAUCAACAAACAAAAAGCCCACUAAGAGACGAGGCAGCCCGGCCAUCAAGCAGCGAACCAGCCAUCCACCAUCUUACCCUGCUGCAAAGACGCAAAUGUACAAUCUGAUCAACAGGUGCCUUUGCCAAUGAUCUGAGGAAGCCAGGACGAGAUGAGCAUCGAGCUUCACUGUAUCUGCUUGGAUGUACAAAAGUGACAACUAUAAGAGAGAUUUCUGAGCCGUUGGAGUUACACGUGCACCUGGUUAAGAAAAUGAAGGGAUAACGCCCGACACGCGGCAGUGCUUUGCUUUUUAGCGAGAGGAGGGCAGAGCUGCGGCGGUGGUGUGGCGAGGAGGAGCGUUACCAUAGAGCUGAGACAAACAUCUGAGGGUGUCCACGAUGUGCUGAUAACCUCAUGAACGCAAGAGAGAUGGUGAGGAAGAAGAAUCCCCCUAUCAGGAGUGUGGGAGGAGAGGAGGAAGAGGAGGAGGAGGGAAAGAGAAAGACGACAGGAGAGGAAGAAGAUGAAGGAGACGAGGAGGGCAGAGUGGGAGCAGAGGCCGACCGGAUAUCCCAUCCAUCCGAACCGGAAUCCUCGGAACACCUCAGGACCGGCCCAAACGAGGAUCAGGAAGAGGAGGAGAGAGAGAGCGAAUGUGUAUCUUCGUCCGUAUCGCCGUCAUCUAUUGGUUAUGAAGACAGGCGAUCGGCAGGGUCACGAUCCAAAGUUAGCGCUGAAGACAGGGACAAAGCGGACCGGAGCGAGGGAGAUGUCCGACAGGAAGUAGCAGGAGUUUUAGUGGGGGAGGAGGUCAUGAGAGAUACGCCUCCUCUGUCCGGCAGCCCCUCUCCCAAACUCCAGGACUUCAAAUGCAACGUGUGCGGUUACGGUUACUAUGGAAACGACCCCGCCGACCUGGUGAAGCACUUCAGGAAGUACCACCUGGGUCUGCACAACCGCACCAGACAGGACGCCGCGCUGGACUCGCACAUCCUCGCCCUGCACAAUAUGGCACCCCACACACCUCUAGACAUCCAGGUGGGACCGGGGCAGAGGAACCAAGCCAAAGAUUUGGGGAAGAUCCGACAAGAGCUCCUCAACCAGCAGCAGAGGACUGUGUUGUUGAACGGCACAUACGACGUACAGGUGACGCUCGGUGGAACGCUGAUCGGGAUUGGCCGGAAGACGUCAGAUUGCCAGGGCAACACUAAGUACUUUCGCUGCAAGUUCUGCAACUUCACAUAUAUGGGCAGCAACUCCAUUGAACUUGAACAGCACUUCCUCUCCUCACAUCCAAAUAAGGUCAAAACCCCGCCCCCGACACCUUUAAUGUCAAACAACAACAACAACAACAUGGCAGCUCAUGAUGGCCUGACAAAGGGGCGGGGUCAGAUCGUUGAGGGGGCGGAGCGAGUGGCUGUGAGGUCCGAGGAUGAUUCUUUGGUGGGAUACUCUGUUCCAGUUACGGCGUGUAGCGACUCCCCGGGCUGGACAGGGGAGGUGGGCCGCGGAGGGGGGCAGGCGUAUUAUUGGUGUAAGUCUUGCAGUUGGAGUUGUGAGUGGGCGGGCGGAUCGUCGAAGCUGAUCGAGCAUUACGAGCAAAGACACAAGAACUGUAGCCCCUCUGGGACAGAGCGAGACAGGAGGAGGGACGGAGAACAUGUGGCAUCCAAAACUCGCAAAGAUGGGUCAUCCAAUCCAACCAGCACCAGCCAAGACCCAAACAGCAGUGACCCCGACGCCGUGGUAACCAGCUACAACUGUCAGCUAUGUGACUUCCGGUACUCCAUGGCUCACAGCGCGGAUGUGAUCGUGGUAGCACCUUUACUGCUCCACUACCAGCACAACCACUCCAUCCACCGCUGCUGCAUUCAACACUGCAUGUACUGUCCUCAGGGCCUGUGUCAGCCGCAAAAGCACCUGGGGGAGGUGUCCCAUCCUUUUGCUUGUCGGAAGCCCACCUGCUCUAAAUGCUGCUCUAAGUUUCCCCAGUCCACCAAACCCCAGGACACUGCUGGUUCAAAGCCUGCCACUUCACCGAGCUUGACCCCUCCUAACCCCCGAAACGACCCCACUAACACAGCACAUCCCAUGGUCACACAAGGAGUAACGCACUUAUGUGACCAGUGCGCUUUUGCCACCACCGACAUUGACGUGCUGCUGCAACACUACGAGAGCUGCCAUACUGUCACCAGCCUGAAGGGGGUGUCGCCUCAUGUCAAAGCAGAGGAGGAUGUCGGGGGAGAGAAGGAGGGAGGGAGAGGGGGAGAGAGGGAGUACUCCUGCACAAAAUGUCACUUCAUCACAGAGGUGGAGGAGGAGAUUUUUAGACACUACAGACGUGUCCAUGCGUGUUGCCGUUGCCGACGCUGCGACUUCACUGCCCCCGACUCGACGGCUCUCCUCGACCAUUUUAACUCCGCCCACUGCCACGACUCCGCCCGCUCCCUAAACUCCUCCCCCUUAGCCACUUCCCUCACGCCUUUUCUAACUCUCUCAGCCAACGGGUGUUCGGCCCCCUCUACAUUAGCCAUUAAAGAGGAGAGUAAGGGCGAUAUCCGGCUGCUUUACUCUCUAGCGCCCCCCGAGGGAAGGCUGGCAGAGGGGGGCAGAGAGGAGAGCAUGGUCAAAAGCGAAAGUGGUGAGGAGAAGGAGAGAGAGAAAGGAUGGGUGAUAGCGGACACGAGGGGGACAGGGGAGAGAGGUGGGGAGCAGGCACACGGUCUGCUUUGGGUGCCCAAGGACCGAAUAGGGCCCGAAACUCGACCGGGAAGCGGCAGCCCGUCCCUCUUCCCAAGCAGCCUAUCGCUGUCGUUUGUCUCGCCCAAUCACGAUUCACCACAAUCCAAAAGAGGCUCACCUAGUAUGGUCUACCUGAGCGACACAAAGGCAUUCAUGGGAGAUUCUAAGGUGUUUUUGGGAGAAGCCAAACUGUACGGAGGAGGAAGGUCGGGAGGUGGAGGAGGGGCAGGCGGAGGUGCAGGAGAGAAGCAAAUGACCAAUCAGCAGUUCUCGACGGCGGCUGGAGGCGGGGCUGCAGGAGGAGGCGGAACCGGAGGGAGUGGCGGACAAGAGGGCAAGACCGCAGCGAAAGAGGAGUCCCAGUCACUGCUACGGCGCCGGAGAGGAAGCGGGGUUUUUUGCGCGAACUGCCUGACCACCAAGACAUCGUUGUGGAGGAAGAAUGCAAACGGAGGCUACGUGUGCAACGCAUGUGGACUGUACCAGAAAUUACAUUCGACACCCAGACCUCUGAACAUCAUCAAGCAGAACAACGGAGAGCAGAUAAUUCGACGUCGAACUCGCAAACGCCUCAACCCCGAUUCACUGCCUUCCGAAAACCCCGCCCCCAAACGACAACAGGUGCCCAGCGAGGAGCGCAUCAACGGUGAUGAAACUGACCGAAGCUCAGUGAAGAACCAGCAGCCCUCCCCUCGCUCUCGCUCGCCGCGCUCCACACAGGCUUUCCUCGCCAAUCAAACUCUGGAGAUCCACCGACGAAUGCCUCCUCUUCUGCUGCCAUCCCAUCCAUCGCCGCUAGAGGGCAACGGCGGGCUCCCUGAUUCCGGGUUAAUCUCCAAAAUUGAGGGAGGAAAAGGAGGCGGUUCGGAAAGAGGAAGUCCAAUUGAAAAGUACAUGCGGCCAUCGAAACCGUCAAGCUACUCGCCGCCAGGUUCACCGAUUGAGAAGUAUCAGUAUCCGCUCUUCUCUUUGCCGCUACCUUUAACCAUAUCACCGGAUUUGGCUCCCGAGUCUGACUGGCUUAGAUUCUGGACCAAAUACAAGAUGGCAGCCACGUCUGGUGUCACCGGUGGCAUCAGUAACCUUAGCAAUGCAGCUAGCCUCGGAAACAGUUACUUAGGAAUGGUUAGCCCGGUAACGCAGCAUCAUCAGCAAAGCUACACGGUGCCUUAUUGCGCAUCUCCAUACUCUCCUCUACCUCCUCCACCAGCAACCCCGCACUACCCACCCCCACCUAUCCAACCGCAAACAUCAUCGGCAUCUUUGGAGAACGAAGCGCCUUUAGAUCUCGCAAUAAAGCAAAGAAAUACCAAGUCUCCGUCAACUGAGAAAAACUGGAAAGAAGACGACUCAAAGAUGGAAGAAGAGGCAAUCCAUAACGAAGAGAAAGAAGUAAAAAUUCCAAUGGAUGUUUCUGUCAAAUGUUCGACAGUUGAAGUGUCCACCCAAGACGAUCUGACCAAUCGGUGCGCACACUGUGGGAUCUACUUCCUGGAUGAGGUUAUGUACGCCUUGCACAUGAGUUGUCACGGUGACCAGGCUCCGUACCAGUGCAGCUUUUGUCUUCACGUUUGCGCUGAUAAGUACGAUUUUACCACGCAUAUACAAAGAGGGCUUCACCGGUACUCGGAUAAGGCGUUACAGCAAAAAUCUGAAAUCACUGUGAGUUCAGAAAAUGCAAAUAAAGAUGAGAAAAACGGUGAUCAAAUUAAUGACACUAAUGGUAACGAGGAAGAAGAAAAAGAAAGUACAGGAAGUGAUGUAGAGGAGAAGCAAGGUCCUGAAGGCUUUGAGGAACAAGGUAGCAAGAUGGCGCCGGAUUGUAUCACAACAUCUCCAAGUGUCGCUGUUAGCAAGUCUAAAAACGGUGAUGAGAACUCGGACAGUAAUUAACGUAAUUGAUUAAGUGGCCUAAAACGAACUUAACGGUUGCCUUUAAUUUGGGAAGUAUAAGCUGUAACCUCACGUUUCUUGAGGCUAGCACAUGUCAGAAGGGGCCUAUACCUUGGGAACUAUACUGAACACAUCCUUAUGCUGGAAGCGCUUGCUUGUCAAAUGGUCAGAAAUCAUUGCCAAAUCGGGACAAAGUGCUGCAUGGACCGUCAGGACUCAUGAGACAUAGCCCGAAUCUGGAGUUUGAUUGACAGUCGCUACUUGACAUUUCUGGACAACGGGCAAGCAGCUGAAAUCACCUAUCAAACUCAGUAAGCAGCCAUUUGCAACUCUGUAACUGGGCUUAAAGUGUUGGGAAGCAAAAAGAUUCAGCUCAUUUGUUAUGCAUCGUGUUAACCCAAAUUCCAUUGGGUUUAAGCUUUUCCAAACUGGGCUAUUGCAUUUUCAGACCUUUUUUAUCUGGGUACACCUAUCUGAUUUGGCGAGGAAAAUAACGACAGCGCAAAUACAUUCAAAUACCAAAACUUUCUAUAACUACGAAGGGUUACAUUGAAACCAUCUUGAACUGCCCUGAUUCGCUGUUCACUUGUACUCAAAAUGACUGCAUUCUCCAACGAUGCAAAGUGCCAUUGUGCAAAGUGGCAAGAAAUGUAAUGAACUAUGUAACAGCCAUUUUUAUAUGGUUUCAAAGUGUUUUCAGCUUUGAUGGAACCAAGAGAUGUCUUUUCUACCUUCCUCUGUGCCAUGAAAGCAAUGUGCCUGGCUGCCUGCCUAAUAGAACAAACUAUUAACCUGCUUAACAACUAUAUUAAUAUUUACAAAAAUAAUAAUAAUGAUUUUAGUACAGACUUGUUACAUUUUCUUAUAUAUGUGCUUUUUGUACAUGCUUGGUAUGGUACUUUUUAAAUAAGCCUUUUUAUUUGUUUGUCUAGCAGCAGUUGAACAAAAAGGUACAGCUAAAUAGGGUUAUUCUGCUUGUUCUGAAAGUAUAUGUACAGCAUACUGUAUGUCCGUCCCCUAAUGAUGAUGUAAGCAAAAUGAAGGUCAGUCCUCAGGGGUCACACGUGUUGCACCUGUUCUAAUGCAUUUUCACUGCUACUUUGUUACAUACAUAAACAUUCUUUAACCUUGAUAUCUUAGUGAGGGAGUAGGGCAUUAAACCCCAGAUUAGUCAAUCAUUAUACACUCCACCAGAGCCCGGCCCCUGCAGUGAGGAACUGUUACAUGUAUUGUGUUUUAUUUACAGUUUAUUAUUUCUCAAACACCAGUGGUUUAAAGACUAGCAAAAUCGUUUUGUUGUUACCAUAAUGUCCCACGGUUGCAUUAUUUAUUUUUCUCAGGCCUUUUUAUACUUUAUGCAUGUCUUGUCAGGCGUAACAUUACAAAGACUUUAACAUUUUGCACCAACCCCCUGGGAACAAGUUGCCAUCAUCUAGUCUAGUCAUCAUGAUGGUUUUAGUCAAACUCACCAAAUAUGUCUGUCUAAUACUACCCUCCAGACUCAUUAACAGAUGCACUGUUCACUGUCAGUGAUGUUAUGCCAGAUAAGUAUUACAGGUCACAUAGAGAUGUUCGUGUUUAAUAAGCCAAAAACCCAGGUGUCGCCCUCUAGUGGAUGGCUCAUUAUGGUUCAUGGGUUCGCUGUAUAUUUAUUUAUAUAUACACCUAACUAAAAGCAAAAAAAAAUCCCCUCAACCUUAUCCAAAGUGUAACCGCCCAUAUGUGACCUUGUCCUAUUAAUGUUCAACCAAAAGUUCUCAAACUGUAAUAACUUACAGAAUGUAUUGUUGAAAUAUAUUUUUGGCCGUAUUAUAAUUAUUAUGAUUUCUUAAGGAUUGCCUUGUUGCCUUAGUUGCUAAAAGUUAAUCCAAUGCAGACUCCUUUGAAGUAAAUUGACAAUAGGGAUACUUUGAAAAACUUCCAAGUAUUCUGACUAGUGCCUGUAAACGUGUUGUUUGUCACAAGUCAUUGAAUAUAGUAAGUGAACCACAACAUUUUAUUAUAAUGUUUAUGAUACUUGAGUGACAUGCCUUAAGCUGUCUGGGUGUCUGUGCACACCCAAAAUAUUUCAACCCUUUUACAUUUUGUGAACAGGUGCGUGGCAUUAAAUUAGAAUAUUGUGGUGAUAAUACGACAAGUAGUCAAUUUUUAGUUCAUUAUUUAGAAUCUAAGCAAUACAUUCAGUUUUAGUAAUGGUAAUAAUUAAAAAAGAAUAUGCUUGGAGAUUUCAGCUACACUUUUGUCUAGUAAAUAAUGUGCCAGUAGUAUACAGUGACAUGCACACUGCUCGACUUCCUUAAUGAAACAAUCCUCCACAGUUACCUUGGUUUGCGAUCAGUGAAACCAUAAAUCUUAACCUAGAAACAAAAUUUUUAAAUUUGACUAAAAUACCACUGAAUGAAAAGUACUAUAAUCACCAUAUCCACAUCUUCUAUUUUUUGACAUGCACCUUGUAAUGCACUACUUUGUGAAUUGGACAUUUGCCUUGGUUCUAUUUGCCCGAGAGAUGCAAAACCAGAUAAUCCUGUGUGUGGGAGCUGUAUAUGCAUGAAUAUAUGAAUACAAAUGUAUAUGUAUGUAUGUUAUAUCAGUACAUGGCCCAUACCGCUGUAAAGGUAAAUGUCAAAGUACCUGCUUCUGUGUGGGAGUCACAAACACCAGGGGGAGACCAAUUUGUCAAUUUCAUCAAAACAUGACAGAUCUGGUUCUGAAAUGUAAACCUGUGUGUUGAGGGCAGUUCUUAUAAAAAUAGACCACACAUGGCAUUAUGUAAGAAAUAAGAAUUGGAUGUGUACUACCCAGUGGAAAACACCAUAGUUAAAGGUGCACUAUGUAACUUUUUUUGGUUGAGGGUCUCUGCCAUGUGCUUGCCUUUUAAAUGUAUUGCUUUGCCUUGGAUGCUCCACACAUGGCAUUAACAAUCCAAUUUGCAUUUGUUCAAUUACAAGUGUUUGUACAGCUGGUGAAAAAAGAAUCCCUGUUACGAGCGGAGUCGCCUCUACACAGAUUCAAACUGUAAUUUGGUUGUGUUGCCUGCUUGAUUCCAUGGACGUUUAACACUGAAACAUUCCACGCAAAGCAAUGACAUCUCCAUGGAGGCAAGCAGGGGGUGGAUCAUCCAUCAAAAAUAAAAUAAAAAAUAAACACAUAGUGCACCUUUUAUGUUCAAGGGACUUUGAAUACCAGAACAGUUUCAACAUGCUUAAAUAUAUUGCUAGGAUCAGGGGUUACGGGGGCUGAUAGGUUCAUUAUCUGUUUACAUUUGCACAUGUAAAAAACACCGAGGAUCGAAGCAGAAAGGAGAGAGGGUGGAGGGUUAAACACAUCUGUAUAUGAAGGGAAGGACAAUAGCACUCACACAUUUAGAGGUUUACACUUGUUAUUUGCACCUAUCUGUAGUUCUGCCUUACUCAUUUCUCUGUAACAUUGGGGUAUUGAAGGUAAAAACUCACUGUGCCGUGCCAUAGGCAAAUCUGCAAAUGCUGACUUCAGAUUUUCUGGUGGAGAGCCUGCCACCUGCUUAUCUUCACGGACAUGUUAUUCACUUGUCUGGAAUGUUCUAGAGUGUGGCAUUAAACAUUUCUACAUUACAUUUAUUUCAUCACCUGUGUUUUUAUUGCUCAAACUACCUAAAAGAAUCAUUUAAUGUGAGCAGGCUCACCUCUUCAUAAAUACUCACCUGUAAACUGGUGCCCCCCUCCUGCUUGUCUCUAUGACGACAAUUGUGUUUAAUGUAAUAUUGUGGAACAUUACAGGCACAGCAAUAAUAUAUCUGUGAAGACAAGCAGGUGGCUGUCCUUCCACCAGAAAACCUCCACCAGAAAACUCCAGUGCAGCUUGAUUUAUUGUGACCCCCCCAAAUCCAAAAAGUUCAUACAUUUUGUUUGUUCAGGACUUUUAUAAAACAUCUUCCAUACUCAUGUCUAUGUUUCAUGUCCAUACUCAUGUUUAUGUUUCAUUUCCAUACUCAUGUUUGUGUUUCAUAGGAUUUUAAAGGUCGCUCAUUCUUCAUUAUUUUAGCUGUUGUAAUUGUGAACAUCACACAUUCAGUUAGUUCAUAUUUUCAACUGUUACCAUUAUGGCCUCAGCAAAUGUAUUGCACAUUUAUAUGCUUAUGGAUGCCCUCGAAAACAAGAAAAAUGGGCCUACAACUGAAUUUUUGUUUUUAUUUUGAAGUUGAUUUACAAAAUGCCUUGAUGACGGAAGAUGUUACCAAUGUCAAACUUAUCAUGCUAUAUUUUAUUCAGCUCAAAUGUGUAUUAAACAUGUUAUGAGGUGGUCUGGGAUGAGUGCGUUUACAUAGAACAUGGAGGGAGAGUCGACAAGUAUUUUGAUUUGUGUCUUUGUCUGAAUUGUAUGUACAAUGCUGUUGCUUGCACUCAUGUAUAUUAUUAUUGCCAAGGAAGGGACAUAACUCACACAUGACACAUGUUAGGGAUGUACAGUAUUAACAUGGGAGAUGAGGGAGCUUAAGGCCAGUUUAAAAUUGGCUCAGUACAUCAGCUAUGUACAUUUAUCUAUAUAUUUUAGUAGUUUCUAUUCAGUUAAAAGGCUUUUAUAGAAGAAUUGGGUUUUUUCUAGAUAUUGUUUUCUCUCCUGUUGUAUUUUAAUCUGCUUUCUUUGUUAUCAUUUUUAGAUUUAUCUCAUUCAAAACUAUUUCUGCUACAUAAUUUUUGACAGCCAAGAAACAUUUGUUACACAGCUAAACUUGAAGAAUAAUGUUGAU